UGGGUAAUUGGAACUUUUCAAUCCUAUUUUAUAGGCAAUAUUUUAGCAAAAAUUAAAAGAUGUAGUUUUAUAAAUUAUUCUUUAGUUUUGCCUUUAUUUAAACUUAGAAAAAUAAAUGUAUUUUAGGAGAAAAAAAAAACGACCCAAACAGGAAAAGUAGCAUAGAUUGACAGACAGACAAGUACGGGGUAAAAUCGAGAAACGAUGCCUCAUAAUUUCAAAAUCAACGGUUACAAUUUCUGAGACUUGCCCUCCUUUCCACGCUUAUGUCCUCUACUAUAUAAACAAACCGAACGCACAAAGGAAACCCACAAAAAAAAGGUUUAUUAUUAGCUUUCAAUCAUCAACAACGUAAACAAAAAUCACAGAAAGAUCCAAAGCAGAAGAAGAAAGAGGAGUGAAGGUGGAGCUUUAUAUGGGCAUUACUAAAGUGGUUUACUACAUGGAUCCAUUGAUGUCAAAAGAGCUUCUUCCUGACAAGUCUUCUGCUUUCGACUUCAACUACUCUCAGUCUCAGAGUUCAAUCUGGUCCCCUUUGGUCCCUCGGCUUCACAGUGCCAUAGAUUUGGAUUUUGAAUACUUUGGUUUCGUGACACCAAAGAGACAAUCACUUGGCAGCAAAAGCAAGAUCAACAAAGUCACUUCUAACAUCAAGAAGAAACUCAAAGUUGCUGCCAAUCUUGUGAAGUCCAAGGCCAAACACAACAACAACAACAACAUCAAAACCAAGGCUUCUGAGUUCUACCCAUCUCCUCUCAAACCCACCACAAAGGCUUGUUGGACUAAGGCACUGAAAGCUGGCUCUAAAAAUUUCAAGAAAACGAGGAAAGACCCCACGGCCCAUGUGAAGCUCUAUACCUAUUUGAUGAGUGAAAAUAUUUGAAGAUUAUUAAUUGAUGGCCUCAAUGCAUAAAUACGGGUUGGAUUUACUGUUGGGAUUUCGGUAAUUGCAUAUUCAAGAGAGCAACAUGAAAAGGCUGGUGAAGAGCAGGGUUUGAAGGAGAGUUUGAUGCGCUAUAACUCUUAGAGCCAAUAGACUCAGCAAGCCCCAUAAUUUGACAAAUUCAUGUACCCCAUCAUUUACUGGGUUUUGCCAUGUAUAUUAUGUGUCUCAAUUGGGCAAUUUAUCUUUUGUCAUUCUUUAUUUGAUAGAUUUAAUGUGAUAAUCUUUUAAGUUAGGCUCUAGCUUCGUGGAUACGUAUGAUGUGCAAAUUUUGUGAGUAAAUAGUAAAUCUUCAUUUUAAUUUUUUUA